UUCAGCUCUCUCUCUCUCUCUCUGUCUGUCUCGGUUUCUCGCCAUUGUCGUCUUCUAACCUUCUUCUUCUUCCUCUUCGUCUCCUUCUCCUUGUUUCCGGCGAGAUUGCUUCACUAUCUCCAGUGCAGGGGCGACGUGACGGCCGCCACUUGUAAUCGUGGAAUAGGCGUAGCUAUUCACUGUCAGAAGAAGAAAUCGAACGUGCACAUGAGUUGAUUACAACCUAGCUGUUGAUGCGAAAGGAUCAGGAUGGGGAUUUUUGAUGGAUUGCCAGUUCCACCUGAUAAAGAGUAUCUAAGGGAUGAGCUUUUGAAAAUCGAUGAGAGCUGGGCUACUCCUCGUUUCGACUCCUUACCUCAUGUUGUUCAUAUUCUAACAUCAAGAGAUCGUGAAAAUGAGCUCCACUAUUUGAAGGAGCAAAGAGAUAUAGUUGAAGAGGUUGUGGAUGAAGUUGUGCAUGCUUAUCACGGUGGCUUCAAUAAAGCCAUCCAAAACUACUCUCAGAUCUUGAAGUUGUUCAGUGAUUCUGCUGAAAGUAUUCGCACACUGAAAAUUGAUUUGGCUGAGGCAAAGAAGCGUCUUGGUGCUCGAAACAAGCAAUUACAUCAGCUGUGGUCUCGAUCUGUCACACUAAGGCACAUCAUUGCAUUGUUAGAUCAAAUUGAGAGCAUAGCUAAGGUCCCAGAACGUAUUGAGAAACUCAUUGCCGAGAAACAGUUUUAUGCGGCCAUUCAAUCACUUAUUCAGUCAUCCUUGAUGCUUGAACGAGAAGGCCUUCAGACGGUUGGUGCUCUUCAAGAUGUAAAAUCUGAGUUGUCCAAGUUGAGAGGAGUUAUCUUUUUCAGAAUUGUGGAGGAUUUGCAUGCACAUCUUUACAAUAAGGGAGAACAUAGCUCUGUGGCCUCGACCAUGGAUGAAAGAGAGGAUGACCUGCCAACCGUUACUGCUGCUGCAUAUACAAUGAAUGGCUCACAAUCCUUGUCCCGAAGGACCAAGAUGAUAAAAGGAGAAAAUCUUGGACAGACAAAUGGAUCACUCAGUUCUUCAUUUGAGGGACAUGAUGAGGAUGGUUCUGUUGAAUUGCAUGAUGAGGCAACCUCAGAUGGACAUGCUCGAGGAAAUGGUGGUGAUGGGAUCACAAAGGAUGCUAAAACUGGCUUUCACCAAAUACCUAGUUGGCUUUCAAAUUCCACACCUGAUGAAUUCAUAGAAACCAUCAAAAAGAGUGAUGCUCCACUUCAUGUAAAGUAUUUGCAAACUCUGGUUGAGUGUCUCCGCAUGCUGGGCAAAGUAGCAGCUUCUGGUGCGAUGAUAUGCCAGAGACUGCGCCCCACUAUUCACGAUAUUAUCACUUCGAAAGUUAAAGCUUAUGCAGAACUUGCCAAUGCUUCGAGGUCUGGCAUUGGUCAAGCUGCUGAAACUGAUGAUACCGGCCUUCAGUUUAUCAAAGUGCACGUAGAAAGCUACCAGUUGACGAAGAAGAAGCAUCAGAAUGGGAUAUCACUGGCUGGGACUCUACUGCAAGUGAGCCCUGUAUCUCCUGUUAUGGCUCCCACAGGCAAAGCGCAGACUGCUGCAAAAGAUCUUCUUGACUCGGUAUUGGAUACUGUCAUCAGAAUAUUUGAAAAUCAUGUUAUUGUUGGAGAGCUUCUGGAGUCAAGAUCAGUUCAUGGUGUUGAUUCACGCCCCCAGAGUUCAUGGGCAACUAAUGCGAAUUUGAACCUUGGUGCCGGUCCUCAAGCAGGGGGAUACAGCAUGGGCUUUUCUCUGACUGUUUUACAGAGCGAGUGUCAACAACUUAUCUGUGAAAUUCUGCGAGCAACCCCGGACGCUGCAUCAGCAGAUGCUGCUACACAGACUGCGAGACUUGCGGGCAAGGCCCCUUCCAAGGACAAUAGGAACGGGUCAGAAGAUGGUCUUACAUUUGCAUUUCGAUUUACAGAUUCUAGUAUUCCUAAUCAGGGUGCCGAUCUCAUUCGUCAGGGCUGGAAUAGGAAGGGCCCUAAUGUCCCGCAAGAAGGUUAUGGCUCUGCCACCGUCUUGCCUGAGCAAGGCAUAUAUCUAGCCGCAUCUAUAUAUCGGCCUGUUGUGCAGUUUACAGAUAAGAUUUCUUCUAUGCUACCACAAAAAGAUUCCCAGCUUGGGAAUGAUGGGCUGCUAGCUUUUAUGGAGAACUUUAUAAAGGACCAUUUUCUACCAGCCAUGUUUGUGGACUACCGUAAAGCCGUACAGCAAGCUAUAUCAAGUCCAGCUGCAUUUCGACCGCGGUCUGCAGCAGCAGCUACUUACACCCCAUCCGUCGAGAAAGGUCGGCCUGUCUUGCAGGGACUCUUGGCAAUUGAUUUCCUUGCAAAAGAGGCAAGCAUUAUUGCUCUCUUUUCACCUUGGCUUCUUGUGCUUGGUUGGGCUCAAGCAAUGCCUAAAUUUGCAAGUGAUCUCGUGAAGAACGUGCAGACAUACCUGGAAAGAACAUACGAAAGAUGUCGCACAUCCUAUAUGGAGGCAUGGAUCUGCUCCUUUUGAUGCAGUUCUUGAGAAGCAAAGCUACAUGCUGAUUGGGAGGCACGAUAUAGAGAAAUUGAUGCGACUUGAUCCAGCAAGUUCAUGCUUGCCUCAUUCACUUGGCCAUUCAAAUUCAAACUUGGUAAACAAUGCUUCAGAUGCAGAAUCAGUUGAGAUUGAGUCAGAACUGAAUGGCAUGCUAUUGAAUUUGCGCCCAAUCAGACAGGACAAUCUGAUUCGUGAUGAUAACAAACUCAUUUUGCUUGCAUCUCUUAGUGAUUCCUUGGAGUAUGUUGCUGAUUCAAUUGAAAGGCUUAGUCAGUCCAACAUACGUGCAGCAAAGCUAGUAGGAGAGAGAGGAAAGAAUCUGGCUUCAUUCGCGGAUGACUAUAGGAAACUAGCGAUUGACUGUCUAAAGGUUUUGCGCGUGGAGAUGCAGUUGGAGACCAUAUUCCAUUUGCAGGAAAUGACAAAUAGAGAGUACUUGGAGGACCAGGAUACAGAAGAGCCAGAUGAUUUUAUCAUUUCUCUCACUGCACAGAUAACACGCCGGGAUGAAGAAAUGGCACCUUUUGUUGCACCAGUAAAGCGAAACUACAUAUUUGGUGGAAUAUGUAGCAUUGCUGCAAAUGCGUCUAUCAGGGUUCUUGCUGAUUUGAGAUCCAUCAACCUUUUUGGGGUUCAACAGAUUUGCCGAAAUUCAAUAGCAUUGGAGCAGGCUCUUGCAGUUAUUCCAUCAAUCGACAGUGAAUCUGUACAGCUGAGACUGGAUCGCGUCAGAACAUACUAUGAACUAUUAAACAUGCCCUUUGAGGCUUUGCUUGCUUUCAUUGCGGAGCAUGAGCACUUGUUUACCGCUAAAGAAUAUGGUUAUCUCUUAAAGGUGAAAGUCCCUGGAAGAGAGGUUCCCCCUGAUGCACAACGUCGGGUUUCAGCCGUCCUAUCUCGAUAGCACGUCGUCACCCGAUUUGUGGAUGGGGUUCCAAUUUCUCUGCUGCGUGAUGUAUAGAAAGGGACCAUUUUUACUUACGACGAACUGAUGGAAUCACCUGGUGGCGAAUGCGAUGAACGUCUUACUCUUAAUGGUGUGCUUGCCGGAUUCUCGCGAUUUUCACAUGGUAGAUAUAGUGUUUAAUGGUUCUCUUUUCAACUGUAGUUUCUUCUGCGGUAAGCAUGCAGUUGGUAGUGUGUAUGGUUUUUAUUUCCCCAUCAUUCUUUUGCUUGCUUGUUCGGAUUUAUUUUUGAGGGAUUUGUGGAGAGUGAAGAAGUAAAAAAAAAAAAAUAGUGAUAGCUUUUCGCUUUUUUAGGGAGUGAAAUAGGAUGGAAUUCGUUUGCUUCAUUUUGGAUUAGGAACAUUGAAAUAGAUAGCAAAACUUGCGAAAUGAAGAAGUGGAAUAGAUAUUCGGCCUUCAAAUCGCACAACAAACUAGGGGUGGGAAA